GCUCACACACACACACACACACACACACACACUGUACUUAUAUGGCUAUAGACCACAAAAGUCAUCUUAACAUUCACUUCCUUUUCUGGUGUGUGGGGGGGGCCUAAGAAGGUUUAAUCACUUCACAUGCAUCAGCUACAGUGUCACACACGGAAAUCAAGAGUCAAUUGUCCUUAUAUAUAUAUAUAUAUAUAUAUAUAUAUAUAUAUAUAUAUAUAUAUAUAUAUAUAUAUCUCCUUUUUGUUGCCUUAGUAACAUUAAAUCAAAGUUGCAGUUUAGAGUUGAGGAACUUAGAAGGAGACAUAACAGCAGAUGCAGAUACUCACUACCGUAUCUAGGUGCGAUGGAGGAUUUUUCUAAACAUUCAGGCAUCAAAAGGACCUUUUCUCUGAUAUGCUACAUGUUCUGGAUUCUCUCACCAGCAGAAGGAAACACCAUCUCUGAGUUGGUUGGCAGAAGAGUGACCCUGCACUGUAAGAACACAUCAAUUAGUACGCUCAGUCAGCUGACAUGGAAAAUGAACGGGAAUCUACUCUUCAGUUUCAGACCAAACUUCACCUUACACACCAGUAAUACAUCUUCCAAACUGAGCAUAAACAUGUCUCUGUCAGAGAGCCAACUGUACGCACUGGUCAUAGAGAGAGUCCAGAAGUCUCACACAGGAAACUACACCUGUGAGACCAACACUCUGACAGGACUUUGGGAAGAGAAGUGGGAGCUGAUAAUUACAGAGGACGAGGAAGCUGAACAUCGAAAAAUUAUACAGUUUGCUGUGGUAAUUGGUGUUCCCUGCGUGAGUUGCUUAAUCUUAAUAAUUGCUGUGAUUGUUCUGCGAAGAGUCUACAAACAGCGUGCAGAAAAUAGCAAAUAUUCCCCCACUGCAGAUAUGCAGCAGGAGGAGCCAACUGAAGUUAUUUAUGAUAACUGCCUGAACAAUCUUCAACAUCCUGGCUACAAUCAAUCUUACCAUUACAAACCCAGGGCUCACUGAUAUGAAGGGCAACAAUCUAAAAGGGGAAUACCAAAAGGAAGCGAGUACUGGAAGUUGGCAACAAUCCAUGUUUCUGGAGUAGAAACACAUUGUAAACACCUUCUGUAGCAGUGAAGUAUUUUUGGUGUGUGGUGUUUGGUGCCGAGCUGGUAGUUUACAGAUGCUUUUUAAAGAUAUUUUUGUUGUUGCUGAAAACAGAUGUCUGCUACAGCUUUAAACAAGGAUAGUCAGAGGGGCGUUGCAGGUUACAGAUUGAAAACAAUUGGGAAAUAAUUAAUAAAUAAUAAUAAUAAUAAAUAAAAUGCUCUGUAGAGCUGAGAGGAAGUGUAGAAUCAGGUGAUCGUUUUCUGUGGCUAGGGUUAGAGUUACACACUGUCAGCAGCUUGAAAAGAUGCAUGCAUGGGUCAAUGGAAAGUAGAUGUCAAUCAUUCGUGGUUAGACAAGUUAAAUGUCAAAAAUAUCUGAACAAAUGAAAUAAAACUAACCACAUCCCACACAGGAAAACCACAUUUUCUGUCAUUUAAUGAGUAAUAUAUCUUUUAUUAGACCCUCCCUGACUCCUGAACGCCCAUUUCUUUCAAACAACACGACUCCAGGCUUUUAAUUUAAAAUAUUACAUUGUGGAGUGGAAGCAUUAGUAGCACUACGAGGCAAUGAUCUUCUGGGUCCGCGUUUUUUUUGUCUUAUGCACGUGGGCAACGUAAUAAAUUUCCUGCCAUUCGUUUCCAAUAUUCUGUUGAUAGACAGCUGGUGGCAGUAAUGUGCCAUUGAAUAAGACUUCCAGCAAGUAAACAUGGAUGUAAAAAAAUUUUUUAAAAAUGAAGAAAAAAAAAUGGCUUUGCAAAUGUUUUACGAGGAAGGAAAUGCAUUAAGUUUGUCAGGCCUCAUAAACACAAUGCUGAGUAACAUUGAAUGUAAACUUAUCUUUUGUUUCUUUAUAAUAAAUUCCACUUGAGGCUGCUUUUAGUCUUAAGACCAAGCCAAAACCUUGACAACAAUCAAUUUUUUAAACUUUUAAACUAAACCUUUUAAACUGAAAGAGAGUGCCCCUUAAAAGAACAGGUUCAGAUUUUUUGUAUGCGUUUCGGGAGAGUUAUGGGUUGUGUUAUCUGAACCUGUUCUUUAGAAGUAUGUGUCAUGAAUGAUGUGACACAUUCAGCAGUGUGGUGAUCAAAAACAUGUCUCUAAUCACAAGACUUACAGCCAAGCGAAGAUAUUUCCUCACAUAAAAGGAUAUUUUGUUUUCCAAGGGUCUGGCCUGUGGCAGCUGCCAUUUCCUGCUAUGAUCUGUUCUUCAACUUUGUGGAUGUAUGUUUGUUGAGUCAAUAAAAAAGUAUGUUUUAGGGCAAGAC